AUGAAAAAAACCUGCGGCAAAGCAUUGCAGACACAAGCGCAUAACCAUAAAUUCUUCCAGAACGCCAAAAUUCUGGGUCGAGGCAAUGACCGCGUAGCCAGGGAAACGAUCGUGGCCUGGCACACGGAGACAACCUCAAUAAACCGUUGUGUCGCCCUUCCGACAGCCUACCAAGCCCUCCGGACGCAGCUCAACGAACUAAAGAGCAAGCGGGAAGUCAGGCCGGACGUGAAUCCAAACACGGGAGAGCCUACGACGGACCUACACGUAGCCACACCGCAAAUCGGGCCCGACGAAGGCGCAGUCAUCAAUACUGUUGCCUCAGCUACUACUCCGGCAGACGGGGAGAAACGCGGUCAGAGGGAUGCAAUCAAGACUAGCAACCCAGCACGACAAUUAAGGUCAACGCGAAUGCGGGCAAUGGCCACCAACGUUCAAAUGCCGCCCUCCGACGAGAGACAGGCAGAUUGA